GGAGCCGGGGGGCCCUGGAGCCUGGCGGCCCGAGGGUCUGUGUGCUGGUGGUGUCUGCCAGAGGGGCAAAGUGAGGUCUGAUAAAAUGCUGUGCCAAGGGCCGGCAUGAGGCACGCGUCCAAGAGAAGGGCCGUCUGGCGGGAGCACCUGAAACCCGAAUUCCUGAAGGUGAACCCCCUGGGGAAGGUGCCUGCCCUCAGGGAUGGGGACUUUCUGGUGGCCGAGAGGCAGCCUGUGGAUGCCGUGCAGCUGGAGCAGCUGUUGGGGAAGCUGACGCCUGCUCUGCAGCACCUGGAUCAGGAGGUCCUGGCGGCCAGGCCCUUCCUGGCCACUGAGCAGGUCUCCCUGGCGGAUCUGAUGGCAUUCACAGAGCUGAUGCAGCAGGGGCCCAGCAUGGGCCUGGAGCUCUACCUGGACCUGCUGUCCGCGUCAUGCCGCGCUGUCUACAUCUUCGCCAGGAAGAACAGCAUCCCUUUCGACUUCCAGUUUGUGGAUCUGCUGAAAGGUCACCACCACAGCAAGGAGUACAUCGAGAUCAACCCCCUGAGGAAGCUGCCCAGUCUCAAGGAUGGAACAUUUGUCUUAUCCGAAAGCGUGGCCAUCCUUUUCUACCUGUGCCGCAAGUACAGUGCACCCUCGCACUGGUACCCGCCAGACCUGCACACGCGCGCCCGCGUGGAUGAGUUCAUGGCCUGGCAGCACACAGCCAUUCAGCUGCCCAUGAACAAGAUACUCUGGAUCAAGCUGCUGAUCCCGAUGAUCGCGGGUGAGGAAGUUCCAGCUGAGAAGACAGAGCAGGUGCUGGCAGAGGUGAAGAACAACUUGAAGCUCUUCGAGGAAAAGUUUCUGCAGGAGAAGAUGUUCAUCACUGGGGACAACAUCUCCCUGGCCGACUUGGUAGCCCUGGUGGAGAUGAUGCAGGAGCUGGAGGGUCAGCGUGGGACAAGGAGAAGAACACAGUGUUUCUUGGUCAGUCGGCCAGGAUCCUGGAUGCCUCCUCCUCCCGCUGGACUCUCCGGGAAUUGUCCAGAGGCUUCCAAAGUGUCCUUCCAGCCAAAGUGCCUCUUUUCCAGAGCUCCAGACAGAUGGUUGUGCAGAGCAGCUCCCUGGCUCUGGCCCGUGGCGGGCAACCAUAACGUCUUCCUGAGCAGCUCCAAGCUGGCCGAGUGGCGCAUGAGGGUGGAGCUGGCCAUCGGCUCCGGCCUCUUCUGGGAGGCCCACGACCGGCUGGUGAAGUUGGUGGAGUGGGACUGCUCCACGCUGGACCCGAUGGUCAAGGAGAGGAUCUGCGAUUUGCUGCAGAAGUUCAAGUAGAAGCAGCCCAGCCUGCAGGCCUGGCCGGCUCAGCCCCCGGCGCCUCCUACCUUAGGGAAGACGCUGAAAAUCACUGUUUGCCUAAUAAAGAACUGGAACAACCACCACGGUUGCUGAGCCUGGGACGCACGUCUGAUGUGGUGGGUCUGGGGAGCGGUCACAAGUCCCCCCAGCUUCCAAAAAGAAUUUGAAAAUUAAAGGUUAAACAUGAUUAAACUGUCAAUAAUAAGAGUUGAUGACUUCAGUGCUCUACUUUCACUAAUGGAUGAAAUAGUGAGACCAAAGAUCCCCAAGGAAAUGGAUGAUUGAGCAACACCCUAAACCCAUUGGCCUGCCAACUACACAUAGCACUGCACCCACAACACAGAAUACACGUUCUUCUCAAGGGCACAUGCAGUAUUCUCCAGUUUAGACCCUUUGUGAAGCCAUAAAAUAAAUCCCAAGAAAUUUAAACAGACUGAAAUCAUACAGUGUGUGUUUCUGAACACAGUGGAAUGAAAUGAGAGAUCAACAACAGAAGGAAAACUGGAAAAUGAAAUAUCUGGAAAUUAAACAAUCCAAUUUUAAAUAACCAGUGGAUCAAAGAAGAAAUCACAAGGGAAAUUAGAAAGUACUUUGAACAAAUGAAAACAAAAACACAACACACCCAAACUUAUGGGAUGCAGCAGAAGCAGGACUAUGAAGCAAAUUUAUAGCUGUAAAGGCAUACAGAUCUCAAAUCACAACCAGCAGAAGAAAAGAAAUAAUAAAGAUUCCAGUGGAGAUAAAUAGAGAAGAGAAAAACAGUAGAGAAGAUCAAUGAAACAAAAACUGGAUUUUUGAAAAGGCUGUCUCCUGUGCUGUAGUUUUCAGCAAGACCCUGGAUCAAACUUCACUCACAACACUCAGGUUGUGCUUUUUUUUUUUUCCUUUCAGCAGACAGUUACCAUUUUUUUUUGUUGCUGAGAAUAAUUAAGAACUACUCAGCAAAUUUCAGGUAUACCAUGCAGUGCUGUUAACUAUAGUCACCAUGCUGUGCAUUAGAUCUCCAUAACUUACUUAUUUUGGGUAUUCAAAACUUCAUACCUUUUGACCAAUAUGUUUCCAUUUCCCCUCUCCCCCUCCAGCCCCUGGUAACCACCAUCUACCCUCUGCUUGUUAGAGUUCCACUUUUUUUAGAUUCCACACAGCAUAAGUGAGAUCAGGCAGUAUUUCUUUCUGGGCCUGUCUUAUUUCACUUAGCAUAAUGACCUCCAGGUUCAUCCAUGUUGUUGCAAAUGACAAGAUUUCCUUCUUUUCAAAGGCUGAAUGAAAGAUUCCUCUGUAUGUGUCAGUGUAUAUUCUCCAAAUUUUCUUUAUCCAUUCACCCCUUAACAGACGCUUAGGUUGUUUCCAUAUCUUGGCUAUUGUGAAUAAUGCUGCAAUGAACAUGGGAUUACAGAUAUCUC